UUGGGCAUUAGCAAAUGGAACGAGGCGGAAAGCCGUCUUUUAACAAUGGCGCAGGGACCCGAUAUUUUCGAGGUAUCCAAGAUUUUAAGUCGAAAGAUCCAGAAUGGCCGUCCUUUGUACCUCAUUCGCUGGCAAAACUUUGGUCCUGAAGAAGAUACUUGGGAACCAUUGCAAAAUCUGAAGUCUUGCAUGAAAAUGAUCAAAACUUUCGAAGAGAAUAACAAAGAACUAAUCCGAAAAUCCAAAGCAAGCUCCAAAAAGCCUGUUGUUAAAAAGGGCAAGCCAAUAAUAAAGCAGAACAAAGCACCAAAGACUAAAGCCCUUAAGAGUUCUGGUAAGAAACUGCAUAAGCCACACAAGUCCUCGAAAGAAAAACUUUCAACCACCAAUACAAAAAGGAAACGAGAAAGUUUGGAGUUGCCGGAUGAAAGUUCCUCUUCUGAUGAUGACUGUAUCAGGUACUCUCUUAACGAGGAUGUUGGAACUGAACCCUCAAAAUCUAAAACAAACAACUCUCUGGUGUCAAAGAAGGAGAGCAGAAAACUCAAAAAGCUCAAGUUGGAUAUCAAGAAAGCAAGUUUCACAAACCCUAAUGGGUCGGGAUGCUUAGGCAAUGGAAAAGGAACCCCGAAGUCCAAGAUUCGGCUGAUAGACAGCAUGAAAUCUAAAGUGUUCCAGGCAGCUCACCGCCCUGUAUCUCCAGUGUCGGGGUUCAACUCCGUCAAGUCCCUUUCGGGCACAUCUCAGGUAUGUGGGGGGAUGGUGCAGACCUCACCAAAUGCUGGUCGACCUGCCUCUAUGAUGGACUCGUACUUUGGGGAUAUCCCAGCAGCCUCUGUGGUUCCCAUGAUCCCCAGCAGUCCAUCAGCUAUCUCCUACAAAACCUUGCUCGACAACCUGCCUCUCCAGCUCCACCCAAAGAAAGGGCCGAAGCGAGAGAAGCCAGACAGUGACGAUGACGAGGAUGAUGAUACAGUGGUGGAGAGGCGACAGAGCGUGCGCUCUAGUGAGUGUGCGUUCCGUUAUAAGGACAUCGUGGUGAAGAAAUGCCCAGGCUACACCCAGAUCUGGCUAUUCUCUAAUACUAAACAGAAAAAUGCUCUCAACCCUCAGGUCAUACAGGAAAUUGUGUCUGCAAUGAACUACGCAAAGUACGACGACAGUCGCCUGGUGAUGUUCAGUGGCCUGGGGAGUAUGUUUUGUUCAGGGGUGGAUCUGCACUAUUUGCUCAGUGACGAUCGCAAAGUCGCUGCACGGAAAAUGGUGGAUGCCAUUAGAGAUCUGACCAAGACAUUCAUCACAUUUCCGAAGCCUGUGGUGGCUGUAGUCAAUGGGCCUGCCAUCGGAAUGGGGGUGGGGCUUCUGCCACUCUGUGAUGUCAUCUAUGCCAGCGACAAAGCUUCGUGUUACCUCCCUUAUGGCCGCCUGGGUCAGACGCCCGAGGGAGGUCUGUCGUUCACACUGCCGCAUCUCAUUGGGUUCCCCAUGGCAAAUGAACUGCUGUUUGCUGGUAGAAAGAUAACAGCGAUAGAGGCGUACCAGCUGGGUCUGGUCUCUCAGGUGUUCUGGCCCACCAGUAUGAUGCAGGACGUUAUACCCAGGGUGCAGAACAUGGCCAUGAAUUCAGCAAAGGCUCAGGAAGCUACAAAGCUUUUGAUUCGCAGUCAUCAAAGAACCAAACUGGAGCUGACCAGUGAGACAGAGUGUAACCUACUGUAUGAUCGCUGGACAUCCUCAGAGUGCCACAAAUGUAUACUCUCCUAUCUGGAAGACGAAAAAAAUCUUGUCCUGUAGAACACAGGUACAGCUGGAUUAACGGGUUGUUGUUGUUGUUGAGGUGGCAUCCGAAUACUUAAGUUAAGGUUUGAGCGAUGGAUUUUGAGCUAUGGUGUGAUUUUGUAAUGGCUAUUGAGAUGCGUACAAGAAUUUGUGAUGUGAGCGCUAAGUAGUACAGAGAAAAAUGAAGCACUUCAAAGCAGGGUGGAGUAUGCAGUAAGAGGAAUACUGUGCUUUAAGGGAGUUUUGUGACUUGAGUUGAACUCGGCAUCAGAAGUAGUUUGUUCAGAGUUUAGCCAAGGAGGAUUGGUUCAUUAAGGAAGAAGAAAUGAACUAUGGAUAGUUCAUGGUGAUGAGGUUUUGUAAGGCAAGCAGAGUUUAGGCAGGGAAGAAGUAAUGGUAAACAAGAGAACUGCAGAAAGAGUUUUACAAAGCAAGACAUGUCAUGUGUGCAUGUGUCACUAGGUAUACUACAUGUGCAGAAUACACCUGGCUGGAACAAUUCAUGAAUACAACAAACUACAGCAAAUCAUGAGUAGUUCAUGAAAAGUGAAAAAUACGGCAAAUGAAGACAAACACACGUUAGCAAAAAAUGUGAGAAACUGGGAUGAAUACUAGGGAGACACUCAAGUCUUUGGCAGGUGUAUUGUCAGAACACCAGCACCAGUGAGGAUUGCAGAUUGAGGGGAAGUUGCCCCAGGGUAGACAACUUCCUGAAGGGAAGACAGAAAACUCUGCAGGUAUUGUUUAAAAACACCUUCCCAGACUGCACAGUGUGUUGGUCCUUUUUGAGGUUUGUCACUGAGUACCUUCUGCUAGUAUAUGCUCCACAUAGGCAUCAAGGAAGUAACUGUGUAGUCUGGGCUGGUGUUGUUGACGUAAGCAAUCCACAUUUGUCACAAGCUUUUUUCCGUUUAGAUACCAUGGUCUAGUGUUUUAUGAUCUGACUGAAUUGAAAAGGUUGUUUAAUAGUAGAAAUACACAUAAGUGCCCUAAUGGUUGUGACACCUGGUAGUAAGGUGUUAGGUAUCGAACGGAGGUUUGAACACCAGUUUUUUGGCCUACAGUAUGAACACUAUCGUCCUGAACACCAGACACCUAUGGUGUCCUUUUACACAAAAGUAGAUUCAUUACAAUAACAGCGAGGUAUGUCCAUCUAUCAUCAGUUACACCUUCUACUGACCAGAUUUUUGAUCUGAUCAAAGCCUAGCUAAUUGUCCUGUCACCUUGAGGUGGAUUAGCAACGGUGGGUGGUAAUGUCUGAUAAGUGUCUUUCCAACAUUGAUGUGUUGGUGAGGAUCACAGUGGAAAGAAUGUGGGCUGGGGAAAAGGUAUAGGCAGUCCUUCAGAGGGGUUAAUAGCAAGAAGUUGAUGAAAUAUUCAAAUCCAGUGAUAUGUACAUUGUACAUUUUAUAACAACAUUGUGUACAGAUGUACUUUAUUGUCUUGUACAUUUCAGCACUGUGAAUCUGAGAAUUUUCCUACUACUUCCUACUAUUUUAAGUAUCGAUUUUAUGGUUUUGUUUGUACCAGUAGCCAGCAGCCAGAUUUGCUGCCACUGAAUUUUAAAACAAAACAACUUUUAGCGGUCUCUGCUGUAUAUACAUGUAAGGUAGUUUAUAUUUUUAGAAAUCAUAUCAACCUCUGCAAUCAUGUGCACAUUGCAUUGACUUCUUCGCUAGUCGUUUUAUUCCUCUGUUAUCUUUGAUAUCUUACACAGCAAAUUUUCUUGUAUUUAUUGAGAUAUUUUGUUCCUUUUCUUUUGUGGAAGUGGCUAUGGCCUUGUUUCAUGUACCUCUCUAUGAUACAUGCCACUAUGUGUACAUGCCACUAUGUGUCAUGCCACUAUGUGUCAUGCCACCAUGUGUACAUGCCAAACCGUAUCACUUUUGGUGGUUUUUCCCCCGGGCUCUGCCUAGUUUCCUCUCACCAUAGUGGUGGCCACCGUCGUACAAGGGAAGUAUUCUUGGGUACAGCGUAAACACCAAUCAAAUAAAUAAAUGAAUGAUCACUUCUGAACUGUGUGUUUUAAUGCAUAACACCAAGUUUCACAUUUGAAUUUGCUCCAGCCUUUCAUGUGUGAGGUGCUUGUGGUAGUGACAUCAUAUUACCCUGUUGUCAACAUUGUUGAGGAUGCACCUGCCAACAGAUCAGUUCUUAAUCAAGUUUUAACACUGAAAUAUGUAGAUGUACACAGGGUUUUACUAAAAUUAUUUAGAGUUCAGCCACAAAACCUCACAACACAGUUAUACUUGUUUACUGGGUGCUCGUUUUCUCAGGGUUUCUUUGUUUUCAAAUAGUGGACCAAAUGCUCAGUCAAUGCUUCACAAGGAUGGCAUUUUAGAGAAUUCUCAAAGAUAGAUUUGAGAAUGUGUCUCAAAUUUCCCAAACAUUUUUGAAGGCUAUAAUCUUGGAAUUUCCUGCACUGUCUUGAAAAUGGUAGAUUAGGAAGUUGUCUCUACGACUGUAUGUAACACACUGUAUUAUGUAACAUAGUGCCACAUGCAGGCCAGCACAAGGAAGUGGAUACAUUGAAGACCAAUCUUAUCUUGCCUAACACUCUGACCUCUACAAAACAAGCCUUUAUAGGAGACUCCAGGACCAGCUACACAACAGGUCGUACACCGAAAACUGUGACGUCAUAAACAAGAGAACAAAAGAUUUCGUAUCUUUGGAAUGUCAUGUCUCAGUCUGGAAGGAGUUUUAGGAGUUCUCUAUUGUGUGUGGUAAAAUGGGAUAUGGUGGAAAAACAUUCAUCAGGUGGUUAGAUGGAAGAUGAAAUCUAUGAAGGAAAGUGAAAGACACACUGUGAAAAGAACAAUACCCUGCAGCAUAUGGGCACAAAAAGUAAAUUAAAGUAUCCAUUUUGCCUGAAGCUGGAGACCGGGCUGCGAAAGUUGAAGAUGAAAUGUAUAAGUUUUUGUCACUGCCAUAUCCACAAAUCCUACAGGUCAGUGGUAUAAACAUUUGCCAUAGCACAGUUGUAAACAUACAGAAACUAUAUUAGUUUCACUUAUUUUAAUAUUUAUUUUUUAGGCAAUUUCUUUUUGUUCAAAGAAAUUAAUUUAGAUUUGGUUGCCAUUUGUAGGAUUCUGUCCUCUUACUCAAAUGCAAAUGCGUUAAACAGACCAAAAUAUUUGUGCACAGUGUUUUACUGUGAAAAUGUUAUUUGGAGAAUGGUAAUUCAAAUCAGGCUUUUCUUAUUGUGAAGAGUUUAUACGAUCAAAGUGUGUUCUUUGAUAUAACGAUCAUGUCCGGUCAGAAAUGACAUCAUAAUAUAGAUAGAUUAUGCAUGGUUUUAUGGGACUCUGAUUUGACCUGAUCAUAUUCACUAAUGCUUUGUCAUAAAGCGUACUCAAAUGCUGAUUUAAUUUGCAUCUCAACUAAUUUAGAUUACAGUCCUAAAAUGAUUAGUCCUUAAUUAGUUUUUCUGCAUGAUUUUAAUUUAUUGUCUGCAUGUGUCCUUUUUUUUUAUAUGCAUGUUAUGUGAGGUAAUGUGUAUUGUAGAGAACUGUAUUUGAGUGUAUGUGACAUUAGUGAAUUAGUGGAGUAGUUGUUGUAGGGACGUGUAAAUGAGUAACCUCUUUUAAAAGAAGGCAUCUGAUGCUGUGAACUUUCUGUUACCCAUACACUGAUGUAGUUGUUGCAAAGUAUCAAAAUACAUAUAGUAAACAACAUAACACAAGCACAUCUUGAACCGAAGUGUUACUCAGUGAUCAAAAUAUACAUUCUGUACAUAGGCCUCACCACUUAAGCUUGAAACACUUCAAGUAGAAGAGAUGAAUUUUUUUUUUUUCUUAAAAGAAAGGAGAAUGAUCUCAUGUGAUUGAUAAAAGCGCUUCACACUUCAUUAUCCCAUAUUAGAAAGUAACUUGUCCAUGAUUUGUGACUGCACAUAACAUGUUACUUUCAUAGGGGGCAUUUUAGAGUUAAUUAACAUAACGGGUGGCUCUUAUGGGAUAGCCUCUGGCCAAAUAAUGGCAAGGGAUGCAAUCCAGUAUACUAUAACUCGCAAAACAGCCAUGCCACUGACUUAGGAAAUAUUAAUAUUCCAUUGUAUUUAAUUAGUUUAAAUAUUCAUAUCUAACAACAAACUGUUUCAGUAAUGUGAACUUGUCAUACAUGUUGGCACACAAUAAAUUUACCUCUACCGCCACCUGUUCCCUGGCUCAAAGAAACAUCACUUUAUCUUAUUCACUGCACAGUUCACUUCGUAGUUUUAAAAAUCUUUCAUUAAGCCAUUAAUAUCCAGUAGGCUAAACCAAACAUUGGCUAGUUUGGGGUCGAGAACUAAACAGUAAUUCACCGAAAUAUCAAGUCCAUAACUGUUGCGACUGAUAACGUCAGACACACUUCUGAUAUAUCUGAAGGCGGAAAAUCUUAUGCAAAGUAGAUGGGUUAGUUGGAACUUUCACAGGGUAUCUGUUUUUUUUU